GCGUUUAUUUAAAUGAUAACUUAUCAAUAAAGAAGCAAAUUCUGCAUUUCCUUGUGUCCCUUUCGAAAUCCUUUUUAUCACUUUAUUAAUUAUAGAGAUUUUUCAAAACAAUACAUAUAAAUUAAAACAGUUAAAAUAAAUACUUCGAAAUGAUACGUGAUAAAGGAGUUAUGUGAAGAAUUAGUUAAUACUUGAAGUUGCUAGAUGACGCGCAGUUCUGUUGUUAAGACGCCUGAAACUAUGCAACGUUUUAUACGUAUAGGCAUUGCUUAACUCAUCGAAUAGGAUAACUCAUCGUACUGCGCAGUCGCAUCAUGAUACAUGUAGAAUAGAUAAAAUGAAGUAAACGAUAUAACCUAUAAAAUAUUUUAUAAACUCAAGUCACAAUAAUACUGAAAUAAUUAAAUAAUUUAACACGCAAAUAACCAAACAAAGAAGGAAACGAUGGAUAUAUAUGAUUAUUAUAAUACACUUGGCUGUUCUAUGGAUUCAUCGUAUGAGGAUAUAAAACAUGCAUAUUAUCAUCGAGCACGUCAGCUUCAUCCGGAUAAAACCAUUGGAACAGAGGAAAAUACUAAAGAAUUUCAACUUCUUGCCGAAGCUUGGUCUAUUCUAAAAGAUCCCGACUUGAGAAAAAAGUAUGACACUGAAUGUAAACAAGCAGAAUUAGAAUCUAAUAACAUUAUAGUUCAUGCGACUGUACAUUCACAUGAAUUACAAGCAACAAAUAAAAAGGAUGUAUUAAGUUUUCCGUGCAGAUGUGGCAAUUAUUACAAAAUAGAUAAAGAAAUACUCGAAGAAAAAAAUUGUUCAAUUUAUGUGACUUGUGAAGAAUGUACUUUUAUUAUCAUUGUUAAAACAUGAUAUUUUAAACAGUUUUUAGAAAGACAAACAUUUUUGUAAGUUAUAUUUUAACAUGUACAGUUAUUGUUGAAGUAUUGAAGUAGUAAUGAAAUUGUCCAGAAAUCAAUACAAAACAAAAUCUUACCUGUACAUUAUUUAAAUUAAAAUUCCAAUUUUUAUUUUUUAUCAUAUAUCUUAUGGGUCUUUAAUAAUCUUCAAACUUCACAUCAUCGUCAAAAAUAACAAAUGAUUUUUUGAAUCUUCACAUUUUUUUUUACUUCUAUUGUUAUCAUUAUAAAAAUAAAUCUAACAGCACGUCGUAGAAAAUUGAAACAUACUAUGCUCAAAUAUACAUAUGUAUAUACACAUAUAGUAUAUAGUUCUUUCCAUUUAAUUUUUUAGUUGUUGCUACAUUUCCAACAUUAAAAAAAUAUUGUCUAUUUAUAUAGGAAACAAAAUGUACAGAUUCUAUUUUACUGUUAAACAAAUUUUUCUUUAAUGUAACAAAUUGUAUAUGACAGUAUAUUGUAAAUAAAAAUACGAUUUUUCUAAAAUGGA